UUGGAAUCGACUCUCGAUUCCCAACGCCUCGGAAUCGAUUCCCAGCCCUAAUGCGGGAGCUUGCUGAUUGUCUUCAUGAUGACCAUCAUCUCUCUGCUCCUGCUGGCCUCUCUGCUGCCACACCUGACCUUCACUGGUCAUGUGAAUGUGGGUAUAGUGAACGGCAGGGAAGCAAAACCCCAUUCCAGACCUUACAUGGUUUCUCUUCAGAAGAGCCGUAAACAUGUCUGUGGUGGAUUCCUCAUUUCUGAUAGAUUUGUCAUGACUGCUGCACAUUGCAAAAAUGAGAAACUAACAGCUGUGGUUGGUGCACAUGAUCUAAAAAAAGGAAAAACGGUCGUCUACAUCAGAGUGGAGUCUUACCACAAGCAUCCGGACUUUAACAUUGACACUUUGCAGAAUGACAUUAUGCUUUUGAGGCUAGAGAAAGAAGUUGAACAAAACAGGAUUGUCAAGAUAAUUUCCAUACCAACACAAGAGGGAGACAUCGAAGCUGAUACUGUCUGCAGUGUCGCCGGCUGGGGAAGACUGAGUUUUAAAGGAAAAAGGAGCACACGUCUCAUGGAAGCAGACGUGAAGAUCAUGAAUAACACAGAAUGCAACAAUAAGUGGAAAGACAAUUACUCAGCCUCACAGAUGAUGUGUGUCUACGGCCAUGGAGGAAGCUGUAGUGGAGAUUCGGGAGGUCCUUUGGUUUGUGGAGACACUGCAGUCGGUGUCACAUCCUUCGGUGGCUCAAAUGUCUGCAAUAGUCGUGAACGACCUGAAGUUUAUGCAAAGAUUUCAGCAUAUCUUCCAUGGAUCCACUCCAUAAUUGCACAUUUUAAGUGAUUUUGACAAAGAAAAAGGAUGAAUUAUUUGUUUAAAUGUUCAAUAAAAUAAUCAUGUGUGA